AUGACGUUCCGGAAGUACCGGCGCCGAAAGCGUGAGCUGGACAGCUUCGACCUCCGCUCCACUGAACAGCACGUGGAGAACCUCUCCCGCAAUGGCUCCUGGCUGGAUAGUGAGAGGUGCGAGUCUGGCAGCAACGGCACCUGGAUCUCCCAGCUGGCGCACCGGCUCCUCAACUCCUCCGCGGAGGAGGAGCGCCGGCGCCCGGGCAGAGGCAAGGCCUCGCUGGCCGAGAAGAGGUUCAACUACAUGGCAGAGAAGUUGCAGGUUGACCGAGAGGUGGUGCGGAAGUUCAGCGUGCCCAGCGUGCUGCCCUCCUGGCCGGGCUCUCCACAGGUGGCCUUCCUUUUCAUGACGGUGGACGGCUUGGACUUCGAGGAUGUAUGGGACAGGUUCUUCGGAGAUGCCAGCUUGUCCGGGGCCUACAGCAUCUACAUCCACCGCGCCAGCGGCCGCCAGAGCAGCGGGCUUCGCUUUGCCGAGCGCUUCUCAGGCUGGGGCAUGCCUUGGUCGGCAUCGCUGCCGCUGAGACGCUGGGGCGCCAUCGAGAUCCCUCAGGUGGAGACCCGCUGGUGCGCCCUCUUCGGUGUAGAGGUGGCGCUCCUGGCGCGGGCGCUGCAGGACCCCCACAACCAGCAGUUUGUUUUCGCCUCGCACAACACGGUACCUUUGAAGAGCUUUGACUAUGUCCACAAGCAGCUGGCUUUGGGGUCUCCGGGCACCAGCAAGUUCUGCUUCGCAGAGGUGGCGUUCCACAAACUCGCCACUUCCGAGACCAUCCGCAAUGAGCUGCGAAGGACCUGCGUCUUCCGAGACUUCAUCCGAAGCAUCUCCCCUCGCACGCUGAAGCACCACCAGUGGGUGGUGCUCUCCCGGGAGCACGCGGAGAUCGUGGUGAGAAGGGCGGAAGAGGCACUCAUGGUCUGGCGAGACUCCUGGGUUCAGGCCGCGCCGGACCUGCUGCACAUGGGCGAGGGCUGCAGCGACGAGUCGGUGCCCAUCGACGCGUUGCUCUACGACUUGGAGCAGACGGAGCGCAGCACCGGGAACACCUGGGCAGACCUCACAAGGCUCGGGGUGGAGCAGCAGUGCCUGACCUACGUUCUUUGGCGCCACUGCUUUGCCGACACCCACCUGGACCACUCGGAGACGAUUGCCCGGGACUUGGACAUUGUCCUGAAGCACGGGAAGCUCAGCAUGCUUACGGACCGGCAGUUCAACUUUUUCAAAUCCGCCUUAAAGCGGGAGCUGAACGGGUACCCUGCGGUCUUCGAUGCCCUCUCUCUGGAGUAUGUCUGGAAGCUGGUGCAGGAGGGCUUCAUGUUCGCGCGGAAGUUUGUGAAGGGCAUCCAGGUGAAGAUCGGGGAGGUGUUGUACCCCUUGGCGGAGGUGCUCCCAGCCCUCUGGGACACCGUGGACGACUUCAACGCCUCCCAGAGGGUUUGGAGUCGCCUCUCGAUCGAGGGGAAGCCCAAGCCCAUCUGA